AUGAUGGGAAGGAAGCUGGCAAGUGUGCUUACAGUGGAGGUGGGGGACAAAGAAUUACUGGAAGUUGUUGUGAUGAUCCUGCUCAAUUUAACACCAGGAGCUGCAGAAAUUGCAGGUAUAGUCUAUGAGACCAUCAUGCUUAAACACCAAUGUAUCUGUGGUAACCACAGCAACCACCCCGAGCAUGCUGGGAGGAUACAGAGCAUCUGGUUAAGGCUGCAGGAGAAAGGAUUGGUCAGCGCUUGUGAGCGAAUCCAAGGUCGAAAAGCCACUUUGGAGGAAUUACAGAUGGUGCACUCCGAAUACCAUUCGCUACUCUUUGGCACUAACCCCCUUAACAGGCAAAAGUUGAACAUAAGGAAGCUGCUGGCUCACCUAGGAUCCGUCACACAAAAUUUUUUCACUGCUCUCCCUUGUGGAGGUCUUGGGGUGGACAGUGACACCAUUUGGAAUGAGAUGUACUCGUCCAGUGCAGCAUGCAUGGCCGUUGGCUGUGUCAUUGAGCUGGCUUCCAAAGUGGCCUCUGGAGAGCUAAAGAAUGGAUUUGCUGUUGUCAGACCCCCUGGCCAUCAUGCCGAAGAGUCCAUUGCCAUGGGGUUCUGCUUCUUUAAUUCUGUGGCAAUUACUGCCAAGUACUUGAAACGCAAGCUAAAUAUAGGCAAGAUAUUAAUCGUGGACUGGGAUGUUCACCAUGGUAACGGUACACAGCAAGCCUUUUAUAAUGACCCCAAGGUGCUUUAUAUUUCCCUCCACCGUUAUGAUGAAGGAAACUUCUUCCCUGGUAGUGGAGCCCCAGACGAAGUUGGAAGUGGUCCUGGUGAAGGCUUCACUGUGAAUAUUGCAUGGACAGGUGGUCUUGAUCCUCCUAUGGGAGAUGUGGAAUACCUUACAGCAUUCAGGACUGUGGUCAUGCCAAUCGCCAGUGAGUUCAAUCCAGAUGUGGUUUUGGUAUCAGCUGGUUUUGAUGCAGUCGAAGGUCAUGCCUCUCCGUUGGGUGGAUACAAAGUCAAAGCCAAAUGUUUUCACUUCCUGACUAAGGAGCUAAUGACCUUGGCAAAAGGACGUGUGAUUUUGGCUCUGGAAGGUGGGCACAAUCUUACUGCCAUCUGCGAUGCUUCAGAGGCCUGUCUUUAUGCCCUGCUGGGAAAUGAGCUGGAUCCCCUUCCCCAAGACGUUCAGCUUCAGAAGCCAAACAGCAAUGCCGUAGCUUCUCUGGAAAAAACAAUUGAAAUUCAACGAAAAUAUUGGAAAUCAUUACGACAGUAUCCUUCAAAAGUCGACUUGUCUCUUAAUGAUAUCCAAAGCCUGGACAGAGAAGAGAUGGAAACUCUGACUGCCAUGGCAUCACUCUCAGUGGAGACCAAACAUAGACAUUCACAAGAAGAGAGCAGAACUCCUGAUGAACCAAUGGAUGAAGAGCCAGCUUUGUGA